GGCCAGGUUAAUAUUUGUAGUCAACCGUCUGCUGGUGGAUCUUACCGCGGAGUUUCAGCUAUGGGACUCUUAUGGAGCAUGAAACCAUCACCUGGGCAGAGAAAAGGAAUUCGAAUGGUAAAAUCUGAUGUCACCAAACCCUACAAAGUCGUCUUGGACUGUUUUGAUGGCCAUACGGAUCCGCAGGAAUCAAGUUCUUUGCAGUCUUUGUCUAGCAAUACGUUUGAGAAGGGGUACAUGGCGGAUGGAGUGAAGAGAAUUCCUGUGAGAGAAGGAAGAAUCCGUGGAAUUAUUUUUCUUCCUCCGGGUGACGGACCUUUUCCUGGUGCGAAGCGAAAGAUUGACGUUUAUCUAAAAAAAAACUGCUAG